UAUCUUCAUGCAUGUUUUGUUCCUUUUCGUUAUAAAACCAUCAUAAUUCUCUUCCAAAGUUCUUGGAUUUGUCCCCUAAUCAAUUGGAGAUAUACGAAGAAGAAGAAGAAGACGGAUCUUCAAAACAGAAGACAAAAAUGUUUACUACUCAUCAUGAUGAUCAACCACAACAACAAAACCUCCCUUGUCUCCACUGCGACCCACACUCAUACAUUCACAUGGUUCAACAUAUGAUAGAGAGGUGUAUCAUACUCCGUAUGAGUCGUGACGAAUGCGUCCAGGCGUUAGAUCACCACGCAACCAUUCCACCACUCGUUACGCUCACCGUUUGGAGAGGACUUGAGAGGGAAAAUAAGGAUUUCUUUGAAACGUAUGAGCAUUCCUUCUCUCCUGAGCCAUUCUCAAGCGGAUGUGUUCGGAGAUCGCCGAGGUUGGCUAGAAGGGUAAAACAAUGAAGACUUUAAUGUAGCCUUCUAGAUAUAUACAUCAUACAUAUGAGAAAAAAAAAUUCAAAUUUAUAUAUAUGUAGCCGGUAGACAUAGGCUAUCAUUACAUAUUGCUAACGAUGAAACAUGAUCAUGCUAUCAUAUGUAGACCUAUUUUUUUUAACGUUAAAGCGUUUCUCUAA